AUGGCGACAUCACUCUUCAAUCCGCAAUUACGAUUGCUCAAUGCUCUCCGAGCCGGCGCGAAGCCGGUGAUGACCUUCUUAGGGCUUCCAUCCUUCCGCACAGCACAGAUCGUAGCCCAUACCGGUGUCGAUGGAAUCAUCAUUGACUGUGAGCACGGUAACAUCAGCGACGACGGCAUGCACAGCGCAACGGCUGCCAUCGCCGCCAUGGGCGUUUCGCCGCUGGUCCGGCUCCGAAUGACCCAUCCGGACCUCAUCAAACGAGCUCUUGAUGCAGGCGCGCAUGGCAUCGUCGUGCCCAUGAUCAACACCGCUGACGAAGCGCAGGCGGUUGUUGCACAUGCGAAGUUCCCGCCUCAGGGGCUUCGAGGGCAGGGGUCCGCAUUUCCCGCGAUUGCCCACGGCAACGACCUGCCGACAUACAUUAAGACUGCGAAUGACACACUCAUUACCUGCGUUCAGAUCGAGACCAAGUUGGGAGUGGAGAAUGUGGAUGCCAUCUGUGCUGUGCCGGGCGUUGAUAUGAUCUUCAUCGGCCCUAAUGACCUGGCACUAUCGGUCUUGGGCUAUGUCCCUGCUAAAGGUAAUGAGCCCGAGUUUGUCGAGGCGAUUGAGAAAAUCGUGGCGGCGGCCCGGAGGCAUGGGAAAUGGGUCAGUCGAUUGUCCAACAACGGGGCUUUAUGUAAAGAGCAUCUCAAGGUGUAUGAUACGGUGGCGUUGAGCUAUGAUAUUCGCGCAAUGCAGAACUGGUAUACCAGUGAGUUGCAGGUGGCAAGAUCAUAA